UUAUCGACUCUCCGUUCCCUCUUUCCUUAUUUUCCCCCUCUCAGUCGAGGGUUUUUUAUUUUUAUUUUUUUUUUCAUUUUUUUUUUUUCAAUUUUUUUCCUCCUCUCGUCUUCGUCGUGUCUGAAACAAAACCCUAACUUUUCCAGGACAGUUUUCUCUUCUGUCAUUAUAUAUAUAUAUUAUUACUAUUCACGAAUAUGCAACCGCAGAGACUGAAGCAGCAACAAACAUUGAUGCAGCAAUCUCUUUACCAUCCUGGUCUUUUAGCCCCUCAGAUUGAGCCUAUCUUGAGUGGAAACCUGCCUCCUGGGUUUGAUUCAAGUACAUGCCGUAGUGUGUAUGUUGGAAACAUCCAUCCACAGGUUACUGAACCACUUCUUCAAGAGGUUUUCUCAAGUACCGGUCCCUUGGAAGGAUGCAAGCUGAUUCGAAAGGAGAAGUCCUCGUAUGGUUUUGUGGACUACUACGAUCGUAGAUCAGCUGCCCUUUCUAUCGUGACUCUUAAUGGAAGGCAUCUGUUUGGGCAGCCUAUCAAAGUUAACUGGGCGUAUGCCAGUAGUCAGAGAGAGGAUACGUCAGGUCACUUCAACAUUUUUGUCGGCGAUCUUAGCCCUGAAGUUACAGAUGCUACCUUGUUUGCAUGUUUCUCCGUUUAUCAUAGUUGCUCAGAUGCGAGGGUUAUGUGGGAUCAAAAGACUGGACGAUCGAGGGGCUUUGGGUUUGUUUCUUUUCGGAAUCAACAGGAUGCCCAAACUGCAAUUAAUGAUUUGAAUGGAAAGUGGCUUGGAAGCAGACAAAUCCGGUGCAACUGGGCGACAAAGGGUGCUGGCAAUGACAACAAGCAGAAUUCGGAUGUCAAAAGUGUCGUGGAACUAACCAAUGGAACAUCAGAAGAUGGUCAAGAGAGGGCCAGUGAUGAUGCUCCAGAGAAUAAUCCUCAGUAUACUACUGUUUACGUUGGCAAUCUUGCUCCAGAGGUCACUUCAGUUGAUCUCCACAGGCAUUUCCAUUCUCUUGGUGCUGGGGCUAUUGAAGAUGUAAGGGUACAAAGAGAUAAAGGUUUUGGUUUUGUGCGAUAUAGUACUCAUGCUGAAGCAGCUAGGGCUAUUCAGAUGGGAAAUGCCCAGCUUCUCUUUGGCAAACCGAUUAAGUGCUCAUGGGGUAGCAAACCUACUCCGCCAGGGACCAGCUCUGCACCCCUACCCCCACCAACUGCUGCACAUAUGCCAGGUUUUUCAGCAACUGACCUUGCAGCAUAUGAACGACAGAUGGCAUUGAGUAAAAUGGGUGGCAUGCAAGCGCUUAUGCAUCUUCAGGGUCAGCGAAUGGGUGCUGCUGGAGCAAGUCAGGCAAUCUACGAUGGUGGAUAUCCAAACAUUGCUACGACCCAGCCGCCUAUGUACUACCAGUAAUAAUCAUAUAGGAACCCCUACCAUUGCUUGGCUGGCAGGAAUCACAUCUUUAAACAGUGUAGGAUGUUCAACUUUUCUUUCUUUCUUCACUUUAUAUUUAGGUUUGUGUAUUGCUAUCAAUAUACCUGUGAUGCGUGACGAUAUAUAUCAUGUAUUUGUAUUGGGGAUGAGAUCUUGACCAAAGGUUGUUCCGAAGCUCCAUUGUGGAAGGAUUGGGCAGCUUUGAUUUUAAGGGCAUCCAAGUUAUUACUUCAAACAAUAGUUUUAUUAGUCGAAUGAUAGGGGAACUUAAUGUUUUCUUUGCUUUC